ACUAAUCUGAUAAUGUUCAUCUACCAUUUGAUUUUAAUUUGAAUUUUCCUUCCUUAUUUUUUCCAGUUCCCCACUUUUUCACUUUCUUCUUUCUCUUCUUUCUCAUUUUUCUCUUUCUUUCCCUUCAUUUCUUUCCCUCUCAUAUGUGACUGGUGACUGCGUGUCAAGAAACGGAUUUUUCAGACGGCUUUCCUAAUGCUGGUUUCAAUUCAUUUGUAUAUUUAAUUAUCUUUAGUCCAUGUUUUUAUUAUUUUUAAAUAAUUUCGUACUCUACAUCUCCUUUAAGCCUGACAAUUAACAAUUCAACUCGAUUAAACCAUUAUCAUCCUAGCCAUCCAACCUGUGAAAAGUGAUUUAAUCCAGAUCAAUCAAUUCUAUAUUCAGGAUGAAUAAUUUUGUUCAAAAUGGGCUUCUACCCAAACUCGAGGAUACAGUUGAUAAGGUACUUCGCCAUUCCAAACAUAUUUUACCAACACUAGCACGUCUAUGUUUAAUAUCAACAUUCAUCGAGGAUGGCUUCCGUAUGUAUCUUCAAUGGUCGGAACAACGAGAAUUUAUGAACAUGUCAUGGGGCUGUGGUUAUUUUCUAGCUACCAUGUUUGUCCUUUUCAAUCUUGUCGGCCAAUUAGGAGGCUCAAUCAUGGUCCUCAUUAGAUAUCAGGUCCCAUAUGCCUGUUUCUUAUUAUUCUCAAUUAUUGUUGUGCAGACAAUUGGUUACAGCAUUCUUUGGGAUCUACCUUUUCUAUUGAGAAAUUUAUCAUUAUGUGGUGCUGUUUUACUAUUGUUAGCUGAAUCUAAACAAGAAGGUCGAAGUUUAUUUGCUGGUGUGCCAACUCUUGAUGAAAAUAAACCCAAAAACUAUAUGCAGCUAUUGGGAAGAAUUUUGCUCGUCUUCAUGUUCAUCACUGUUUUAAGAUUCGAAUUCAGUCUUCUCCAAUUUAUUCAGAUUCCAGUUGCCUGUUCUCUCAUGAUUCUAGUAACUGUUGGCUUUAAAACUAAAUUGAGUGCUUUUGUACUUGUUUUAUGGCUAACCUGUCUCAACUUCUGGUUAAAUGCUUGGUGGACAUUAGACUUACAUAAAUCAGUUCGAGAUUUCCUUAAAUACGAUUUCUUCCAAACUCUAUCCGUGGUUGGAGGUUUACUGAUGGUUGUUUAUCUUGGUCCUGGAGGUGUUUCAAUUGACGAUUAUAAGAAACGUUGGUAGUUUGGAAGAAGCAGUACAAUAACUAAUAAAUGAAGAAAGGAGACAAAGAAGACUAAUAAAUAUUGAAUAUUUUUAAAAGGAAAAUAAAUAUUGUCAAGACCAAUCAUAGAAAAAAAAUCUACUCAUCAAGAGGAUUCCAACAAAGAAAGAACUUUAAAAUCAGGAAUCCUCGCAGAUCAACCAAAUAUAAAAAUACAACAAAGUUAUAUUCUAUUCUUUUAUAAUAACGGAAUGUUCCUCAGAUCAUAUUUUGUUCUUCUUUAUUUCGCUUCUUUAUUUACUUUUUAUCGCUCUCUUCUGCUGCUCCUCUUUCAGGCUCAUAACAUUUUUUGUCUGUUGAUUUUGGAUUUUUGUUUAAGCCAAAAGAAAUCAUGGUCAAUCGAUUUCAACAAAUAAAUGAGUUAAUUUUUAUAUAUACACACAGAUACAUAUAAACAUUUAAACUGCCCCGAUUCAA